UCUUCUUCUUCUUCUUCUUCGCAACGAAGCUUUCUUUUUAAAAGGAGCCUUUUACAUUCGUCUCUAUUAAUCCUUCUUCUUUAGAAACCCAAACCACUUCUUUAAUUCUUCUCUAAACCCUCCAGAGUUUGUAACUUUGCUAUUGAUUUUCUUCUCACGUUCCUGCAAAGCUAUAUCUUCUUCUCUAGAGAGAAGAAAUGUGCGGCUCAGAGAGAAACCUCUGCUCUUCAAGAACCAGCUACACAGAAGCCGAACUCAUGAGGGCCAAAGAAGAACAAGAACGUGUUGACGCCACCAUGCCUCUUCUCGAAUACGCAGCCUGCGACGAUCUACCAUCGUUCAAGAGACAAACCGAAGAGAACUCUCUGGAUAUCAACGAACCGGGCUUGUGGUACUGCAAACGAGUCGGGUCGAAAAAGAUGGGGUUCCAAGAAAGAACACCUCUCAUGGUUGCUGCUAUGUACGGAAGCAUCGAAGUUCUAACUUACAUAAUCUCCAUAGGAAGAUCAGACGUGAACAGAGUUUCAAGCGACGAGGAGAAAGUCACUGCUCUUCACUGUGCUGUUUCUGGCUGUUCUGUCUCUAUCGUCCAAGUCAUCAAGAUCUUGCUUGAUGCCUCUGCUUCACCUAACUGCCUUGACGCUAACCGGAACAAACCGGUUGAUCUAUUGGUUCAAGCUUCUCGGUUUAUACCUAACCAGACUAGAAAAGCGGUUGAGCUUCUGUUAACCGGAAUUAUUAGUUCAGAAGAGGAGGAAGUGAUGAAGAGUGUUGUGAGUAAGUAUCCAGCUGAUGCAUCCCUUCCUGAUAUCAACGAAGGUGUUUAUGGAACAGACGAGUUUAGGAUGUUUAGCUUCAAGGUCAAGCCAUGUUCUAGGGCUUACUCACACGACUGGACCGAGUGUCCUUUUGUUCAUCCUGGCGAGAACGCCAGGAGGAGAGAUCCGAGGAAGUAUCCUUACACUUGUGUCCCUUGCCCUGAGUUUCGUAAAGGGUCUUGUCCUAAAGGAGAUUCAUGCGAGUAUGCGCACGGUGUUUUCGAGUCUUGGCUUCACCCUGCUCAGUAUAAGACACGGCUUUGUAAAGACGAGACGUGUUGCGCAAGGAAGGUUUGUUUCUUUGCUCAUAGGAGGGAUGAGCUGAGAGCUGUUAAUGCUUCCACUGGCUCAGCAAUGGUUUCACCGCCCAUGUCUCCUUCAUCGCCGAGUGUUACUUUGUCUCCAAGAAACGGUGGUUUAUGGCAGAACAGAGUUAAUAGUCUUACACCACCACCGUUGCAGCUUAACGGUAGUAGGUUGAAGUCGAAUUUGAGCGCUAGAGAUAUGGAUAUGGAGAUGGAGCUGAGGCUUCGUCGUGGUGCUUAUGAUUCUCCUUCUUCUGUGUUGCAACUUCAAUCUCCAAGCAGGAGCCAUUACCCUUCUUCUCCUGUGAGGCAACCGCCUCCACACGGGUUCGAAUCUUCAGCAGCUAUGGCAGCUGCGGUGAUGAACGCGAGAUCCUCAGCGUUUGCUAGACGCAGUUUGAGUUUUAAACCAGCUCCGGUAGCUACUUCGAAUGUUGUCUCGGAGUGGGGAUCGCCUAACGGGAAGCUUGAGUGGGGAAUGCAAAGAGAGGAGAUGAACAAGAUGAGGAGAAGCGCCUCCUUUGGCAUUCACGGAAACAACAACAACAGUUACAACAACGUGUCGGUUCCUGUAAGAGACUACAGUGAUGAGCCAGAUGUCUCCUGGGUGAACUCUUUGGUGAAAGAGAGUGAGCCUGAGAGAGCCUUUGGGUUGAAUGAGCGGGUAGGGAACACGUUUAAGGUGCGGUCGUGGGCAGAGCAAAUGUACAUAGACCAUGAGAAGCAGCAGAUUGUGGCAUAAGACGCAGAUAGAAUGAGACUUCGCUUGCUUUUCUUAUGGGCCGGCGGCCUCUCAUCUAACAAAGUCUUGAGAAUAAUUCUUUGAUGUGUGUUUGACUCCAUAGUUUUUAUUAUAUGUUCUUUAUAUUUUCUUGUUCUUUUUUUUUAUGUCAUUCUCUUGUCUUUUGUGACACUAUGUAAUGAUUAAAACGAAAUAAUUGAUUAA